AUUUUGCGGAAGCGCGGGGCCGGGCACCGGGCACGGAGCGGAGGGGGGGUGAGGGGGGCAGGGAGGGAGCCCAGACCCCUCCGCGAUGUUUCACGGUAUCUCGGGCCCGCCCGGGAUGGGAGCCCCCGGGGCCAGACCGGAGCUGUACGAGGAGGUGAAGCUCUACAAGACCGCCCGGGAGAGGGAGAAGUACGACAACAUGGCGGAGCUCUUCGCGGUGGUGAAGACGCUGCAGGCGCUGGAGAAAGCGUACAUCAAGGACUGCGUCUCCCCCAACGAGUACACGGCGGCCUGUUCCCGGCUCCUCGUUCAGUUCAAAGCCGCCCUCAAACAAGUGCAGGGAGCGGAGAUCAGCUCCAUCGACGAGUUCUGCCGAAAAUUUCGGCUCGACUGCCCGUUGGCCAUGGAGAGGAUCAAGGAGGAUCGGCCCAUCACCAUCAAGGACGAUAAGGGAAACCUCAACCGGUGCAUCGCCGAUAUCGUCUCCCUCUUCAUCACGGUGAUGGACAAGCUGCGCUUGGAGAUCCGAGCUAUGGACGAGAUCCAGCCGGAUCUGCGGGAGCUGAUGGAGACGAUGAACCGGAUGAGCCACCUCCCCCCCGACUUCGAGGGCAGGCAGAAAGUCAACCAGUGGCUGCAGACGCUCAGCGCGAUGUCGGCGUCGGACGAGCUGGACGAUUCCCAGGUUCGGCAAAUGCUGUUCGACCUGGAAUCCGCCUACAACGCCUUCAACCGCUUCCUCCACGCCUGAGCUGGCCCGGCACGCGCCGCCACCGCCGGUCCCUCCCCUUCCCAACCUCCCGGUCCCCUUCCUGGUGCUCAGAGGAAACCGGGGACAAUAAAUCACCGUGCCGGUGACGCCGGGACCCAAAAAAACCAGCAGCCG